CCUUUCUUACUUUCGGCUCGACGAUGUCGAUGGUUCAUAACAUCGAUGUAUAUUCCCCGUCCCUAUUAAGUUGACAUUUGUAGAAAGAUAACGUUCUAGUUCAUUACAGGUCUGUGAUUAUAACAUAUUCAUGCAUUUUUUCACGUUUAUCUUUCGAUAUAAUUUUCUAUGUCUUUCUGAUAGUUCAAAUUUCACUUUUAAACACAAUAUAAACUUUUUUUGCUUUGACUUUAUUGUUUCCAGAAGUUAAUAAAGAAAUCUGAUUAUUUACUCCAUGGUUUUUUCUCUUCCAAAAUGAAUAAAAAAUAUGAUAAAAAUUGCUGAAUUUUCAAAUAACUAUCAGGUUAUGCUUCUACAAAUUGUACCAAUGAAAAUAUUAGUGGUGUGGAUUUUAUCGAAAUAAAGAUGUUUUAUAACAUAAAAUUUAUUAUCGUCACUGUAUUUUUCAUUAUAAACUUUAUUUCGGCAAACGUUUUACUGGAUACUGUAACUGGAACCGUUGGUCGUGGAAAUUUCACACAUUGGAGCCUGGGAUAUAGAGGACACAUCAUAUUAAUUCUAACAACAUUGGAAGGUGAUGCCGAUUUGUACACAACCGAUAAAAACCAUAAACCAACUUAUGAACCUGAUAAGUAUGAUUUACAUUCAGCCACAUGUGGAAUUGACACUGUUGAAAUACCUAAAAACUUUAAAAGACCUGUGGGUAUUGGAAUUUAUGGACACCCAUCGUACGAGAAUAGCACUUAUAUUUUAGAAGUAUAUUACGAUCGUGAUCAAUCUGAACCUGAAGUAUUUAAUUCAUUAACAAAUGAUUUGACGGUUGAGGACAAUACCAUUCUUGAUAAUAUGAAUGGGGAUGAGGAAAGGGAUGAAGUUUCAUAUAAUGGCAUCAAAAAAUAUCGUAUAAAAGGAAAGUUAUUAGCAGGAAUGUGGUCGUUACUAGAAAUAUUUGAUUUAGUACGGACAAUCUGUUCGAAUUGA